AUGUCUCAGACUUUUGACGCUUCUUCCAACGCUCUCCUUCAACCUUCAGCCACGAUGAACAACGCCGCUGGCCUCAUGGCUGAGCACAGCCUCACCCUUCCCGAUCGUGUACCCAACAUGAACGAAGCCAUCAUCGUGCAAGCUCUUGAGCAGGUGAGCUUAUAGCGUGACCGUGAUCCUGACUGACUGUGCGCUGAUGCUCUGCGCCACAUCCGAUCCUUUCCUCCUAUAGCUCUACUCUUCAAGCUCAAGGGCAACUUCGUUGGAACCUUUUGCCGAGGAGGUCAUUCUCACUCUGCCAAGUGGCGAUGUCUGCGUGGGACUCACUGCUUUCCAAGCCAGAUUUGGUCGAGCUUCCGAUGAGGUGAGCUAUGACCAUGAAGUCGCGUGACGGGUCCCCAGUGAAGGUGCAAGGGAAUUUGAACAGCGCCACCGGCGUCUUCAAGGUUGACAAGGCAGCCCAGAGCUGUCUCCCGUGGGGUGCGGUGGGGUGCGAACACUGCCAGAGCUGAACUGCCAGUUGAUCAUUUUGUUCGAGCUGACCCUCGUCCCACCUCCCUUCUCCGCCCAUCUAGAACCCUCGCCCAGCACAUGUGCGCUUGCUGGAGACGCCCGAGUCCCUGCCUGAGGGAACGAUGUGCUUGGAUGUGGUGCUGCCUGCUCAAGACACGACUUCGCAAGCUGGUGCGAUCAGGAAUCUGGUCGUUCUGAAGCGCAGGGCUGAGGACGGCAAGAUCGUUUCAAUGACCGAGGAGGAGGGCCAUCGCAGAGUAAGUCACCUUUCAAGGCUUAGCUGGUAACUCGCAUGCAUCCAGUCGGAUGUGGCUCAGCGUCGGCGACUGCCUGAUGGUCGAUAGCAUUGAGGUGCUGACAGCAGAAUGGCUUGACUCGCUGCAGGCCACCGCUCCUUUGGCGGCAAGGACUGCCGCUGCUUCCAACUUCUACAGCUGCUCUCCCACCGACAACAUGGUGUCUCCUUGCACCAGCAAACUGAAUUUGAGCAAGAAGAAGCACUUCAUGAAGUGAGUAGCAGAAUUAGAUAUCAUUGCAGAGUCUUCACUGAGGAUUGAUACUGAUACUAACUUUUCUCGAAAUUCGCUACAGGGGCAAGCCGACCACCUUGUUCCCGGCAGCUGGGGCCAACUCUACCCGUGCGCCAUCUAAGCUCAAUCGAGUAGCAUCAGACGAGAACGCGGAGCCAUAA